AUGGUGGACGUGGCCCUGAAGCACCACAGGGCCAGACUCCAGGGCAAGCCGUCCCCCGACCCGUACCUCAAGGUCUGGGACGCCCAGAGCCAGGUCUCGGCCGCUCUCUCCUGGGACGCCGGCAGCGCGGAGCUGUGGCUGGAGGCGGGCAACCUGACGCUCACGCUCGCGGGCCUGAUGCGGGCGAUCAACGAGGGCGACCUCCUGCACGACUGCCUGGGCUACUGGGCCCACGCCCUCGAGCUGGAGGCCGCCGCCUCGGCGGGAGGCCAGCGGCCCCUGGCCUCGCGGCUGCGGGGCUGGCUCAAGCAGCUGGCGGCCGCGCCGGAGCCGGAGAUGAAGACGAGCGUCCGGACCCGGGUCCUGUUGCAGGUCCGCGGGGACGCCUGGAAGGCGGUGCAGAGGUGGGCGAAGGACCCCCCGCUCGCCCGCGGCAUCCCGCAGCGGAAGAUGGGCAGGGUCGAGAGGCAGAUCGGCCUCAUCUCGGCGCAGGCCGAGAAAGGCCUGGACGACACAUGCACGCAGGCCUCCACUGACGACGGGUGCGACGCCCGCGGCCCCGGCGCAGCCCCGCGCCCCCGCCAGGGGGGCGACUGGCUCGGCGCGAAGCUGGGCGAGGGCAAGCAACUUGUGUUCCCCACCACAAUAUACCGCACCAAUCUACGCCAGGAAUUGGGCGCGGCCUUGUUCCACAAGCUCAGCACGGUUGCCGCUGCUAAGUACAGCGAGUACAGCGAGAAGAUGAGGAAGAAGAGUGCGACUAUUACAGAGUAUGACAUCAACAACAGGUUCUUCUCUUUUCAGGAGGUCAACGAGCAUGCAUUCAGCAACCCUCGAGUCGUAAAGAAGUGGCCGGAGCUGUACGGCACAGAUGAGUUCAAGACGAUAUUGAGAUUGGCGCGCAACGCGUCUUUGGCCUAUUUCAACCAUUCGGGGAUUGACGUGGAGGGAGCCGCGCUGCAUGUCGGGGCCGGCGGCUCAUGUGGGCCGCGGUCUACCCGCAAGACCCUGCUCUUCAGGGACGCCACGGGUGGCACACGCACCAGGAGUCAAUCUUGA